AUGGCAGAACAGUUAGAGAGCCGUGUUCUGGGGAUCGAGCAGGGGCAGGAAGAGCUGAGCAAUCAAAUAAAGAAGAUAUUGGACCUAUUGCUGAACAAAGGGAAGAUAGUCCAAGAUCAGGAUCAUGAAGAAGAAAAUGACCCUAUCCACCCGCCCGGUUUUACGCCAAUUCAGGGGCAAUCUUCUGGUCUGCCCCCAUUCACCUCAGAGAAACCGCCGCAUGGCACGCCACCUUUUAUCCCAGCAGUGACAGGAAUAGGGAUGCCCUCAUCAGCGGUUGCGGGUGUAGGGACAAGCAAGACUGCGACGGAAUACCGUUGUGACGAAUUGGAAGAACGGCUAAGGGCCAUAGAGGGGACUCGGACCACCAGUACCGCCAGACCCUCAGAUUACUGCCUAGUCCCUAAUGUAGUCAUUCCUCCAAAGUUUAAGAUGCCAGACUUCGAGAAGUUUGACGGGACCACAUGCCCUCAGACCCACCUCCGGAUGUAUUGUCAGUCGAUGGCCGCCUAUACCGAUAAUGAGAAGUUGAUGAUGCAUUGCUUCCAAAGCAGUCUUACCGGGACAGCGGCUAGAUGGUAUGUCCAACAGAAUAAGGCCCAGAUCCGCACGUGGGGUGACUUGGCCGAUGCCUUUGAAGCGCAAUAUCGUCAUAUCUUGGAAAUGGCUCCAGACAGGAUGUUUCUUUCUGAAAUGGAAAAAAAGCCAACAGAAACUUUCAGGGAGUAUGCACACCGUUGGAGAGACGCGGCCACUCAAGUGGACCCUCCGGUCAACGACCGUGAGGCAAUAUCGAUGUUCGUAGGGACGUUAAAAGAUCCCUACCGUUCACAUCUAGUAGGGUCCACUCCUCAUAACUUCAUGGACAUUGUGUCGGCAGGGGCCAGAGUGGAAGCCGACGUCAAAGCUGGACGGAUAAAGACUGGCACUACCGAUAAUGGCCCAAGUAAGAAGUGGGUCAAAGGUAAAAAGGAAGAAGAGACCCAAUGA